CAACACUCCAAGCUCAUUCACUUCAACAACAUGGCAUACCAAGAGGAGGCGGAAGCAGAUACUUUGGUCAUAAAGCUGCCACAUCCAUACCUUACUUCCUAUGAGGUUAGGAAAUCUGUUUCCAAAGAACAGCCGACUAGGCUCCAGAUUCUGCCAUCUAAGGCAUUCUCAACUCGCCAAGGGGUCCCUCCUCCCACGCCUCUGCACGAUGAGGCAUUAACCUUCACCGAGGUAGCCUAUUUGGCAGACGAUGUAGUUCCACAGACCGGAGACAACAGCUCGUGGGCACGCGCAAGGAGAUCGCCCCACGUGACAAUAUCUUGGUCUACGGAACGCCCAUCUGUGGCAAAGGUGUGGCUUAUUGCCUAUGCACUGAUCUCGCUACACCCUCUUUUUGAGCAAGUACGGAUCCUCUUCUCCGGCACAGACUCAGACUUGUUGGCGCACGAGCUGUAUGCCACGGGACUGUUCCACCCUCAUCCAAAAGCUUCUGCGGCAUCGGCUCCUCACGACGGCCAUUUGCUUCUAAGGGGUGCUUUCUGGCAGGGAGCAGGGUCUCCAUUCGGACCUCGUCCUGUAUGGGCACCCCGUCUCGAUGCAGCCGGCAAGCCAAUCACAAAGGAAUACCCUCCUUUUCCGUUCCAGAUCGCGCCGAAUACCCAAUUCCCGGCCCUGCAACGGCAUACUAUGCAUCCUGUACGGGAACCAAAACCAGAACCGGGAUCGAUCAUCUACAGCAGGUGGAUACCACACCUCAAGGAACAUUUCACGAUGGUCGCUGUUGACUACACCAAUCCGGCACAUCUCGAUCUAUUCCACACUUGGCAGAAUGACCCACGUGUCGCUGCCGCCUGGAAGGAAACCGGGACCUUGGAGGAGCACCGCGAAUAUCUCCGAAAGAUGCAUGAGGACCCCCACUUGUUGACCAUGUUCGCGGCAUUCGACAAUAUUCUGUUUGCGUACUUCGAAGUCUAUUGGGCAAUGGAGUCAAGCAUGGGCGCAUUCUACAGGUCAUCCCCUUACGAUCGUGGGAGACACUCUCUUGUCGGCGACGUCCAAUUCAGAGGUCCCCAUCGUGUCUCAGCAUGGUGGUCUAGUUUGGCCCAUUACUGCUUUCUCGAUGAGCCACGCACCUGGAGGCUUGUUGGCGAACCGUCAAUCACAGGCGACGCAGUGUUUGCGUACGACUUUGCACACGGCUUCUAUAUUGAGAAGCUAAUGGACUUUCCACACAAACGCAGUGCACUUCAGAUGGUGAACAGAGAGAAGUUCUUCGCCCUGAGUCCAUUUGUUUGGGAUGGCGAGAAGAAAGUCCGACCAAGUCUAGAUGCGUUUGCGCGAUUGUAGCGUAUACCAUAUGCGCACCUGCAGUACUAGAUAGAUUGCACUAGUCAUUCGAAGCACCUGUAUAUCAGAUCCGACACCAUACUAUCCAUUCGCACCACAAGCAUACCACCGGAAAUCAUUUCCAUCUGUUCCCGCGUGUCGGCAGAUGACGGACGCAUAGCAUAUUACCUGGUUUCCGUCACAGGGCCUUUACGGUACGCUAGCGGCGCGGCAUGCAGCAAGCCAUGCUCCACAGGCCCACGGUUGCGGGUUAAAACGGCAUGGUCUUUAGCGAUAUCUGAUCCGUCACUUGCAGGGUUUUCAUUAUCUGAUCUUGUGACAAUACCUCCGGGAUAAUUACGCUCGACGCGCUCGACUACUGUUGAUCAAGUGCGUCUACGGCACGCGCUGCGGGCCAGAGGAAGUACUGUACCCGCCUCCAGAGUGGGGGCAAGCCGCACUUGCAGAAUUUAGCAUGCUAUACGGAUCGAAGUUUCGAAGCACAUCACCCUAAGAGUCGGACCUUCCAAUUCCAGGCUAUCCUGCACGCGAGAGUCAGGCCUUGCAAACGCAUUGAAAAUUUUAUCAGAUCAAAAUUUU